GCCAGAACUUGGGCACUACCACCACUCGCCUCACACUCACUCGCUCAGCACUACUUGCACCCCCUAGCUGAGAUCAGUAGUAAACGGUCAGUCAAUUGUUGCAAAGCGAUCAGCUACUGGCGAUGGCUCAGGGAAGGGGCAGUGCUGCAGGACGACGCAACGCCGCCGUGCUGGCGAUGGUCCUCCUCUGCGUGCUCCUCCACGGCGAGCUCGCCGAGUCGGCCGUGUACACCGUCGGCGACCGCGGCGGCUGGGGCUUCAACUCCGGCGGCUGGCUCAGGGGCAAGCGCUUCCGCGCCGGCGACGUGCUCGUGUUCAAGUACAGCCCGUCGGCGCACAACGUGGUGGCGGUGAACGCGGCGGGGUACAAGUCGUGCAGCGCGCCGAGGGGUGCCAAGGUGUACAAGUCGGGCAGCGACCGCGUCACCCUGGCGCGCGGCACCAACUACUUCAUCUGCAGCUUCCCCGGCCACUGCCAGGCCGGCAUGAAGAUCGCCGUCACCGCCGCCUGAUCGGCCGGCCGGUCGCCGGAGUCCGGCGGGAUCGAAUGUAGUAGUGGCAAUCUCUAAAUAUCCGGGAAGUAGAUCCAAUAAUUCUGUCAGUGUCCUACGUUGCUGAAUGACCGUCUUCGUGUUUAGGCCUCUGCUUUGUUGCAGGUUAGUUGAUUGUUGGCAAGUAUAGAGAGGAAUAUAUGAUUUAUGUGAUGUGUAUUUUGAGAAGAAUUUAAUAAAAGCCAAACAGCUGCGUUCUGGCCCAGCCGUAUAUAUGUAGUACAAGGUUCUGAAAA